AUGGCUGAAAACCCCAGCCCGCUAAACGUGCUACUAGUCGCUGGGAUAGACUUUGGGACAACAUUUAGUGGAUACGGGUUCUCAUUUUGUGACGGUACAAAUAACGAGAACAGUGAUGCCCCGAUUUUCCUUAACAAAAACUGGGGCCAGAACCUUGGCUGUCAGUCUUAUAAGACCCCCACCAGUGUUUUACUGGGCCCUAACAAAGAAUUCAUCGCGUUUGGAUUCCAGGCCGUAGAAAAGUACGCCACCUUGACGGAAAAUGAGACUGACAAGUCACACUACUUCUUUGAGCAUUUCAAGAUGAGUCUACAUUCUGACCAUGCGGGCAUUACAAGGGACGUACUUCUGACCGCUGCCAACGGAAGGACGUUGCCUGCUUUGGACGUUUUCUCGCAUGCUCUGAAGUUUCUUAGCGAUCAUCUGAGAGACGCAGUGAAGAUAUCUACUGGCGCCGAUAUAGAAGCACACAACAUCCGCUGGGUCAUCACUGUCCCGGCUAUUUGGAACGAUGCGGCUAAACAGUUCAUGAGGGAAGCGGCGUAUAAGGCUGGCAUCGCUUCAAGAAACCACAGAAAACGCCUACUGAUAGCGCUGGAACCUGAAGCGGCCUCACUGUUCUGCCGACAACUGCCGGUGGCCCACUUUAGGAAAGACACGGGGAACACAACAUCACUCCAAAUGGACCCAGAAGAACGUUACAUGGUCGUGGACUGUGGAGGAGGCACGGUGGACGUGACCGUACAUGAAAUACGAGACGACGGCUCUGUGAGAGAACUGCACCGUCCAACAGGCGGGCCAUGGGGCGGCACAAAUGUCGACUCUAAUUUCAGCGAUCUUCUAGAUAGAAUAUUUGGUGAAGAGUUCAUGAAUGACUACAGGAACAAAUUUCCACAAGAAAACGUGCAGCUUAUGGCAGACUUCGAAAUGAAGAAAAGAUCGGUUCAAGCAGUGUCGUCCUAA